AUGUUGGUAGUGCGAGAAUUGGAUUUGCUUGAACAAUUUCGAGAUAUGAGUUUGGUUUGUGAAGAGACUUCUUUUGGAGUGAAGCUUGGUAUGUUGAAGCUUACUGGUGGAAAUUUGGAUGAGAUUCGAGAAGGUCAAAAAUCUGAUUUGGUUUUGGUAGAUCGUUUGACAUUCAUCAAUCAAGGUAAAGGUGGUGAUUUUCGGAUUGAUGAGAAUGGUAUCAUGAGGUGUCAUGAUAGAAAAUCGAAGAUUAAGCAUCAGAAGUCGUCUGGUUUGUUACAACCGUUAUCUAUUCCUGAAUGGAAAUGGGAUAGUAUUUCUAUGGAUUUUGUUUCUGGUUUACCUAGGAAUCCGAGUAAUUGUGAAGCUAUUUGGGUUAUUGUGGACAAGUUGACGAAAUCUGCUCACUUUAUUCCAAUUAAAAUCGAUUAUCCGAUGGAGAGACUUGCAAAGUUGUAUAUUGAGAAAAUUGUCAGUUUGCAUGGUAUUCCGUCUAGCAUUGUGUCAGAUAGGGAUGCGAGAGAGAGUGUUGUGGUUGGACCUGAGAUAGUUCAACAAACUACUGAUAAGAUUAAAAUGAUCAGAGAGAAGAUGAAGGUUUCUCAGAGUCGUCAGAAGAGUUACCAUGACAAGAGAAGGAAAGUGCUUGAGUUUGAGGUAAAUGAUCAUGUGUUUUUAAGAGUUACUCUGGUAACAGGUGUUGGUAGAGAAUUGAACUCGUGUAAGUUGACGUCGCGUUUUAUUGGUCUGUAUCAGAUUUUCGAGAAAGUAGGUGAUGUGGCUUAUCAGAUUAUGUUGCCUCCGUCACUUGCUAAUCUCCAUGAUGUGUGUCACGUGUCUCAAUUGAGGAGAUACAUUGUGGAUCCUUCGCAUAUUGUCCAAUUAGAUGAUGUUGAGGUUAGAGAUAAUUUGACCAUGGAGACAUUACCUAUACGGUUAGAAGAUAGAGAGGUGAAACAACUCCGUUGUAAAGAGAUCGCUUUGGUGAAAGUCGUUUGGGGAGGACCGACUGGUGGAAAUGUGACGUGGGAGCUUGAGAGUCAGAUGAGGGAUUCAUAUCCUGAGUUAUUUGCUUGA